AUGUAUCGCAGAGUGUACAAGAACGUGGAGAAGGAACAGAAGAAGAAGUUUGAAAAGGGUUUGAAGGAAGGAAAAGUAUGGUAUAGACAUCCAGACUAUUGCGAGGGAUACCCAUGUCGAGGAGACAGUCGAUACUGCCAAGAAUUGCAGAAAUGGUUUUAUACGAGAAACUGUGUGAAACACCAUGGUUUGUCUGCUCAGUAUAUAUGUAAGCUAAACCAUGAAGGAGUGAAAAUCGACGUCAAAGCCGACCGACCUAAUCCAGAGGUCGACAUAUUCAGUAACGCCGUAGCUCCGGAGGAUGUUCAUGCAGAUAGGAAAAUAAAGGUUCUGGAAAGUGAGAUCAGGAGGGAGAAACAGAUCAGUGCUAGGUUGUUAGAUGAAGUGGAGGGCUUUAAGACAGACAUCGAAUACAUGGAAAACAAAUUGAGGUUGUCGGAAGAAACGAGAAGAUCAGUUGAAUUGGAUAACGUCAACUUGAAAAUCCGAUUAGAAAAGCUUCAUUCAGAACUUGAGACGGAGGAAAAAAAUCGGCCCGAGAUCAGCAUGGGUCAAGCUAUGGUACGAUUGGAAGGGAUUGAGAGGUUGUUGUAUGAGUUUAUCAAUGAUGAUGAUUGA